GAGCGGCAGAGGGGAGCUGCUGAGGAGAGCCGCAUGGAGGACCCCGCGGCACCCGGGGUCGGGAACCCGCCUGCCAAUGGCUACAGCAACGGCAACGGCAACGGCGGCGGCAAAGGGAAGCCGGCGGCGCCUAAAGGCCGGGAAACGUUCAGAAGCCAGCGGCGGGAGUCGGAGGGCUCUGUGGACUGCCCUACCCUGGAAUUUGAGUAUGGAGACACAGAUGGGCACGCAGCAGAGUUGUCAGAAUUGUAUAGCUACACUGAAAACCCGGAAUUCACCGCUAACAGGAGGUGCUUUGAAGAAGAUUUCAAGACCCAAGUGCAGGGUAAGGAGUGGCUGGAGUUGGAGGAAGAUGCGCAGAAGGCCUAUGUGAUGGGACUCCUGGACCGGCUGGAGGUGGUCAGUAGGGAACGGCGACUGAAGGUGGCCCGAGCUGUUCUCUACCUGGCCCAAGGCACUUUUGGGGAAUGUGAUUCAGAAGUCGAUGUACUCCACUGGUCCAGGUACAACUGCUUCCUGCUCUAUCAGAUGGGGACCUUCUCGGCCUUCCUGGAGCUACUCCACAUGGAAAUCGACAACAGCCAGGCCUGUAGCAGUGCUCUUCGGAAACCAGCCAUCUCCAUUGCUGAUAGCACAGAGCUCCGGGUGCUGCUGAGUGUCAUGUACCUAAUGGUGGAAAAUAUCCGUCUGGAGCGAGAGACAGACUCCUACGGGUGGAGGAGAGCCCGGGAGACCUUCCGCACUGAACUGAGCUUCUCCAUGCAUAAUGAGGAGCCUUUUGCCCUUCUGCUUUUCUCUAUGGUCACCAAGUUCUGCAGUGGCCUGGCUCCCCACUUCCCCAUAAAGAAGGUCCUGCUUCUGCUCUGGAAAGUAGUCAUGUUUACCCUCGGUGGAUUUGAGCAGCUGCAGGCUCUCAAAGUACAGAAGCGGGAAGAAUUGGGCCUGCCUCCACUGGCUGAGGACAGUAUCCAGGUGGUGAAGAGCAUGCGUGCUGCCUCCCCGCCCUCUUACACUCUCGACCUGGGGGAGUCUCAGCUGGCACCACCACCCUCCAAACUGCGAGGCCGCCGUGGUUCUCGAAGGCAACUCCUUACUAAGCAGGACAGCUUGGACAUCUACAAUGAAAGAGAUCUCUUUAAGACUGAGGAACCAGCCACAGAGGAGGAAGAGGAGUCUGCUGGCGAUGGAGAGCGUACCUUGGAUGGAGAGUUAGACUUGCUAGAGCAGGACCCUCUAGUGCCACCUCCACCCUCACAGGCACCCCUCUCUGCUGAGCGGGUGGCCUUUCCCAAGGGCCUACCAUGGACCCCAAAGGUCAGACAGAAGGACAUUGAACACUUCUUGGAGAUGAGCAGGAACAAGUUCAUCGGAUUCACUCUGGGGCAGGACACAGAUACCUUGGUUGGAUUGCCCAGGCCCAUCCAUGAGAGUGUGAAGACCCUCAAGCAGCACAAGUACAUCUCCAUCGCAGAUGUUCAGAUCAAGAAUGAGGAGGAGCUAGAGAAGUGCCCCAUGUCUUUGGGGGAAGAGGUAGUACCAGAGACGCCGUGUGAAAUCCUCUACCAGGGCAUGCUGUGUAGCCUCCCCCAGUACAUGAUUGCUCUACUUAAGAUUCUACUGGCUGCAGCCCCUACCUCCAAGGCUAAGACAGACUCUAUCAAUAUCCUGGCAGAUGUCCUGCCUGAGGAGAUGCCCAUCACUGUUCUCCAGAGCAUGAAGUUGGGCAUUGAUGUGAACAGGCACAAGGAGAUCAUUGUAAAGAGUAUCUCUGCCCUGCUCCUGCUACUCCUCAAACACUUCAAACUGAAUCAUAUCUACCAGUUUGAAUAUGUAUCACAACAUUUGGUAUUUGCCAACUGCAUUCCAUUGAUCCUGAAGUUCUUCAAUCAAAAUAUCUUGUCCUACAUCACUGCCAAAAACAGUAUCUCGGUCCUGGAUUACCCAUGCUGUACCAUCCAGGAUUUGCCAGAGCUUACUACGGAGAGUCUGGAAGCUGGAGACAACAACCAGUUCUGCUGGAGGAACCUCUUUUCCUGCAUCAACCUUCUGAGGCUGCUCAAUAAACUGACCAAAUGGAAGCAUUCCAGAACCAUGAUGCUGGUAGUGUUUAAAUCUGCUCCAAUCUUAAAGCGGGCCCUCAAGGUCAAACAGGCCAUGCUGCAACUUUAUGUGCUGAAGCUGCUAAAAAUACAGACCAAGUACCUGGGGCGCCAGUGGAGGAAAAGCAACAUGAAAACCAUGUCAGCCAUUUAUCAGAAAGUACGCCACCGCAUGAAUGAUGACUGGGCUUAUGGGAAUGACAUCGAUGCCAGGCCGUGGGACUUCCAAGCAGAAGAAUGCACCUUGAGGGCCAACAUUGAGGCUUUUAACAGCCGCCGGUAUGACAGACCCCAGGACUCUGAGUUUUCACCUGUGGAUAACUGCUUGCAGAGUGUGCUGGGGCAGAGGUUGGAUCUGCCUGAGGAUUUCCACUACUCAUAUGAGCUCUGGCUGGAGAGAGAGGUUUUUUCACAGCCCAUCUGUUGGGAGGAGCUGCUCCAGAAUCACUGACUGAGCUCUUGUCAACAAGCAUCUGAUAGAUGGGGGUUGGCUCCAAUAAAUGGUGCUCUGCCUACCCUGCCCACUCAGCCUUUGUUUCCAGCUCUAGGAGUGCUUGUCCAGGGUAGCGGUGACCCAGCCUUAGGACAUCCAGUGUAGUUCAGGACUAUUAUGGGGGCAGUUAGUCCUGGAGAUAAUACAAGGCUGGCAUCCUGAGUGAUAACAAAUUGAUCUAAUUGCCCUGGGGUCAUUUGGGUGCCCAGUUGCCCUUGAAAUCUCCUGCUGGAUCAGCCCUGGACAGGCUCUUUUGUGGGACUGCUCCCUGCUUUAGUCUUGCCUAGAACCAGGCUAGCCUUUGCUGGCCCCAAAAGUGAGAAUAAGUUUACUAUGGCAUUUGACUCAUGGCAUUCAUCAUAGGUAAUGGGAAGUGCAGGUCAUAAAAUAGGGAGAUCAUUUCCUUCUUGCUCACCCUGGAUUACCAGAGGUUUGGCAAACCCAACUUUGAAAUAAUGUCUGUAUUUUAAAUUUAAAAUUCUGAC